AUGAUUACCGGACAACGGGUACCUUUGGCUACCAUUUCAAAUGACACUCUCUCUUUACUCUUCGGACAGUCAAUCCCCGGCCUCCCGCCUUUGCUACAAGAUCUUGAGAAUUUCGAGGUCACUGUGGUGUGGAACGGACAAUGGGGGAGCUCCGAAGAACUCACCAGCAUAGUUCUGCAGCAACUGAUUCUUCUCUACCAGCCCGAACAAAUGAUCAUUGCCGUUGCCAAAUUCCCCCAUUCCAAGUCUUUGACCGUCUCUAUUCCCAUGUCACUAUCAGGCAUGCAUCUCACAAGCAUGCACGUUGGGGAAGCCAACGGGCCGCUCGUCACUUCUAGAGACUUGUAG